UUCUGUCAUAUCUACUCGGGAGUCAUCACACGGUUUAUAUUUAUUUUUGAAUAAAGUUUAAUUCAACAUAAAAUCAGAUAAAAUCGAAAUGGUUUCCAAGUUGAACGCUUUUUACUUCACUAUUUUCGCCGUGUUUGUUACAAGCGAAGCCUUCCAGGUUUCGUUCAAUGAACAUGGAAACGGUGUAGGCGAAUCAGCUACUAUCGACGCUGUUGACGGUACUUGCUACAAUUUUUCACCUGCAUGGAACGAUCGCGUAUCCCAAAUCAUUACACCGUAUUUUGCGUGCUUAGAUGUCUAUGAGAAUUCGAGUUGUUCCGGCAAAGUCCAACGCUAUGCAGCUGGCUAUGCCAUGUUUGUGGAACUUGGCGGUACCGAGUUCAAUGAUUUCAUCAGCUCUUUCCGUGUAUCCAGUCCUGGCAAAAAUGGAUGUCAAUAAUUUUGGGACAAUUUUUUUCUGAUACACGGCUUCAUUUUCCCACAUGAUGAAGAAAUAUAUAAAUUUUAACUGCAUC